UUUCCACGUGCGUUUUUCACGUUUUCCUUUGGAUGUGAACAGCAGUUGACCGCGUGGUUGGUUGAUUGAGUGUGGCUUGAAGCUAGAAGCGAACAGGGAAUCCAUCCAUCCGAUCGGCGGAUUGAAAGUGAAAAAGAACGGGGUGUUUGGGUGGCGUUUAUGACCCAUUGAUUGACGACCGACCAAGUCCAAGCAGGCCGUGAUCAUCAUCAUCAUCAUCAUGUUGGUAUUGUUCGAGACUCCGGCCGGCUUUGCCGUGUUCAAGUUACUGGACGAAAAGAAGCUGCAGAAGAGCGAAAAUUUGUAUCAAGACUUCACGAGCGUGGACGCGGCCAAGAAGGUGGUCAAACUGAAAAUGUUCGAGAAAUUUGAGGAUACGACAGAGGCCUUGGCCUCGGCUACGGCCUCGGUGGAAGGCAAGAUGUCCAAGGGCUUGAAGAAAUUGCUCAAGAAGGUGAUUUCGCAAGAAGCCAACCAGAAUUUGGCCGUGGCCGAUGCCAAAUUGGGCAACGCCAUCCAAGACAAGUUGGCCUUGAAAUGCGUGUACGACUCGAAAGUGGGCGAACUGAUGCGAUGCAUUCGCUCGCAAAUGACGGGUCUGAUCUCCGGAUUGCCCGAACGGGAAAUGACGGCCAUGUCCUUGGGUCUGGCCCAUUCAUUGUCCCGCUACAAGCUCAAGUUCAGUCCCGACAAGAUCGACACCAUGAUCGUGCAAGCCGUUUCGCUCCUCGACGACCUGGACAAGGAGCUCAACAACUACAUGAUGCGUUGUCGAGAAUGGUACGGAUGGCAUUUCCCUGAAUUGGGCAAGAUUCUCACCGACAACAUCGCUUUCAUCCGAUCCAUCCAACUCAUGGGCGAGCGCACCAACGCCCACGACACGGAUUUGUCCGACAUCCUGCCGGAAGACGUCGAACAAAAGGUCAAGGCCGCGGCCGAGAUCUCCAUGGGCACUGAGAUCUCCGAUGAGGACAUGCUUAACAUCAAGCAUUUGUGCCAACAAGUCCUGGAAAUCCAAGAAUACCGCACCCAACUGUAUGAGUACUUGAAGAACCGCAUGAUCGCCAUUGCCCCUAACCUCACGAUUCUGGUCGGGGAGUUGGUCGGCGCUCGGCUCAUCUCCCAUGCCGGGUCCCUUCUCAACUUGGCCAAGCAUCCCGCUUCCACCGUCCAAAUUUUGGGCUCCGAGAAAGCGCUCUUUAAAGCUCUCAAAACCAACCACGACACGCCCAAGUAUGGUCUCAUUUACCACGCGCAAGUGGUGGGCUCGGCUAGUGCCAAGCUGAAGGGCAAGAUCUCGCGGACAUUGGCCGCCAAAGCCGCGCUGGGAUGUCGCGUGGACGCUUUGGGCGAAGAGACUUCGACCGAACUCGGUCUGGAGCAACGCGCCAAAGUAGAAGGCCGGAUUCGCCAACUCGAAGGCGGUCAUGCCCAUCAAAUCUCGGGCUUGGCCAAGAAGAGCGCCAAGUUCGACAAGUACGAGAACAAGAGUGAGGUCCUCCAAUUCAAAUCCGCGGGCGACAGCACUAUGGCCAGUUCGACUAAGCGCAAAUUCGAAGACUCCCAGGAUGAGGCGCUCGAGGUCAAGAAGAUGAAGGUCGACGAAACAGUGGACGAGGACUCAAGCCCGAAGAAGAAGAAAAAGAAGAAGAACAAAGAAAACGAGGAUAAAGAGGCCAAUGGAGAGGCCACCGAAGCACCGGAGACGCCCAAAUCUGAGAAGAAGAAGAAAAAGAAGAAGAACAAAGAAAACGAGGAUAAAGAGGCCAAUGGAGAGGCCACCGAAGCACCGGAGACGCCCAAAUCUGAGAAGAAGAAGAAAAAGAAGAAGAAAGCCGACUUGGAGAAUGGUGCUAAUGGCGUUCAUGAAUAAAUCCUCCCUACGGUUACAUUCUAUUCUUCCUGUUCACAUUUCCUACCGAACCCACAGAAUUGACAUUGGUCACAUAAUCAUGAGAAGUAACUAUGAUGUAAGCGAAUUAAUGAUAUAUAUUGUCCAAUGUUAUUUUGUAAAUAACAACACCACCUUAUGGGAUCA